AGCUUCAGCUGGGUGCUCGUGGCCCUGGCCGCGCUCUUCUGGGCCCGCCGGCACCGCGGCGCCAAGGCGGGGCGCCUGGGCCGGGCGCUCGCCUUCCUGCAGGAUGAGGAGCGCGCCGUGCGGAUCGCCGUCUCCUCGGCCGAGCUGCCUGCCUGGGUCCACUUUCCAGAUACAGAAAGAGCAGAAUGGCUCAAUAAGACAGUAAAACAGAUGUGGCCUUUUAUUUGCCAAUUUAUUGAGAAACUUUUCCGAGAAACAAUUGAACCAGCUGUGAGAGGAGCAAACCACCACCUUAGUACCUUCAGUUUCACAAAAAUUGAUAUUGGUGACCAGCCAAUUAGAAUAAAUGGUGUAAAAGUGUACACUGAAAAUGUGGAUAAAAGGCAGAUUGUUUUGGAUCUUCAGAUCAGUUUUGUUGGCAAUUGUGAAAUUGAUUUGGUGAUCAAGAGAUACUUCUGCAGAGCUGGUGUGAAAAGCAUACAGAUUCAUGGCACAAUGAGGGUUAUUCUGGAACCAUUGAUUGGGGACAUGCCCUUAAUUGGAGCACUGUCUAUUUUCUUCCUUAGGAAGCCCCUUCUGGAAAUUAACUGGACAGGACUGACUAAUCUGCUGGAUGUUCCAGGACUGAAUGGUUUAUCAGAUACGAUUAUAUUGGAUAUAAUAUCAAACUACCUGGUGCUUCCAAAUCGAAUCACAGUCCCACUGGUCAGUGAAGUGCAACUUGCUCAAUUGCGGUUCCCUAUACCAAAGGGUGUUGUAAGGAUACACUUUAUUGAAGCUCAGGAUCUGGAAGGGAAAGAUACAUAUUUAAAAGGAAUUGUCAAGGGAAAGUCAGACCCUUACGGAAUUGUUCGUGUUGGCAACCAGAUCUUCCAAAGCAAGGUCAUCAAAGAAAAUCUCAAUCCAAAAUGGAAUGAAGUUUAUGAGGCUUUAGUGUAUGAACACCCAGGACAGGAGUUGGAGAUUGAGCUCUUUGAUGAAGACCCAGACAAAGAUGAUUUUCUGGGAAGCCUAAUGAUAGAUCUAAUUGAAGUUGAGAAGGAGCGUUUUCUAGACGAGUGGUUCACUCUGGAUGAAGUCUCCAAAGGAAAAUUACAUUUAAAACUGGAGUGGCUCACAUUGAUGUCAACUGCUGAGAAUCUUGACAAGGCACUCACAAGCAUUAAAGCUGACAAAGACCAAGCCAAUGAUGGGCUUUCUUCUGCAUUGCUUAUUUUGUAUUUGGAUUCAGCAAGAAAUCUUCCAAGUAUCUACGAGGGAAGCUUUGGGUGUGGAUACUUAAAAGAGAGGAGAGCAUCAGGACUAGUCUUUUGUGAAAACACUACCUCACUCUAUAGAGCACUAUUUCAAAAUCCAUUAGAAUUUAACCCUGAUGGCUUGAAGAAGGCUGCUGUUCAGAAAGCCCUAAAGUCAGGAAAAAAAAUAAACAGCAAUCCCAAUCCACUUGUCUUAUUAUCAGUUGGACACAAGGCACAGGAAAGUAAGAUUCGAUACAAGACUAAUGAACCUGUAUGGGAGGAACACUUCACUUUCUUUAUCCACAAUCCCAGACGGCAGGAACUUGAAGUAGAGGUCAAGGAUGAACAGCAUCAGUGCUCCUUGGGAAAUUUCAAGCUUCCUCUAAGCCAACUGCUUGAAAGGGAAGAUCUAACUAUGCAUCAGCGGUUCCACCUGAACAAUUCUGGUCCAAACAGUACUAUAAACAUGAAGAUUGCACUCAGGGUACUUUCUCUUGAAAAGCAGGAGAGGUCUCCAGAUCACCAACACUCAGCCCAAGUAAAGAGGCCUUCUGUUUCCAAAGACACAAGAAAAUCUUUUAAGCCUCAGGCCCCUGUUUCUCCAUCAGCUGAUUCAAAUAAGCCUGUCCAAGCUUCCCCAGUGAUUGACAGUGAUAAAAAAACUGAUAUGGGUGAAAAAAGCCAAACUCCUAAUGCCAGUCCCCAGUGGCCAACAGAUCUCAGCCGAAGUUCCUCCAGUCUCCAUGGCUCCAACUUCACCUCUUCUCCCAGCCACUUCUCAGUCAAAGAACCAACUCCAAGUAUAGCCUCAGACAUAUCGCUGCCCAUUGCCACACAGGAACUACGGCAAAGACUACGGCAACUUGAAAACGGGACAACUUUGGGACAGUCUCCACUAGGGCAGAUUCAGCUAACAAUUCGUCAUAGUUCACAAAGAAACAAACUAAUGGUGGUGGUACUUUCUUGCAGAAAUCUAAUUGCCUUUUCAGAGGAGGGAUCAGACCCCUAUGUACGAUUGUACUUACUGCCUGACAAGAGAAGAUCGGGAAGACGAAAAACGCAUGUAUCAAAGAAGACAUUAAAUCCAGUGUUCGAUCAAACCUUCGAUUUCAGUGUUUCCUUUCCUGAAGUACAGAGGAGAACGCUAGAUGUAGCUGUGAAAAACAGUGGUGGUUUCUUGUCCAAAGACAAAGGGCUGCUUGGCAAGUUAUUGAUACCUCUGGCAUCUGAUGAACUCUCCAGAGGUUGGACAAAAUGGUAUGAUUUGACAGAAGAAGGUACAAAGCCACAUGUUGCAACCUAGACAUCCAUGGACCCCAGGAUUUCACCCAGCAGACUUUUGCCAACCUUUAUAUAUUUUAAAAGCAUUGCUCCCACAGAUGUACGAAUAUUAUUUUUAUAGCUUCAUUGAUUUUAGUUAUUAUACACACCUCAGUAGUUUUAAAAUACUUGUUCAUUUUAUGUCAACUUAGCCAAUCUUAUUGUUAAACUUUGUAUUUUAAUUUGCUAAACUAUUUUACACGUUACUGUAAUGUGCAAUAGUACAGUAGAGUAACCUCUUGUGUUUAAAUUGAACUUUAUGGCUGUUGUACCUUUCAGAAAGUGAAAGUGGUUGUUCCAUUGUUUACCUGUUUGUUUUGUAUAUCAUCAAGAUAUACUGCAUUGUGUAAAUAUAUACUAUUUUUUUAAUAAUUCUUCCACGGUGUUUUAAAGUUAGAAGAAAAUUAGAUCAAGGGCAUAAAUAUUUCCUCUAAAUGCAUGCUAAAUUCUUUGACAAAUAUUUCUUUUUUUCUUUUUUUUUUGUCUUUGCAGCAAAAUGGUUUUAAGAUAAAUAUUUUGAAGGUUUUUCUUUUUCCUUUUUUCUUUCUUUUUUUUUUUUUUUUUUUUUUUUAAAGCCUGAAAGACUUUAAAAAGUCUAAUUAUUAAGAUUAGACAGUGCGUUUCUGGCCUAGUAAGGCUAGGAAAAAGAAAAUGUAAAAACCAUAACAUUUUAAUAUUUAUAUAGAAAUAUGUUAUUGGAAAGUCAUUCUAGAGAAUAUUAUAAACAAAGUUGUUUAGAGCUGAGAAUUCUAUAAAUAUUGUAUAAAAGAAGAUUGUCCUAAAUCAUGAUAUAUAAAUCUGGGUUUUCAUUUGAUGUAGAAGUGAACACUUAUAAACAGUACAAUAUUUUAUUAUGGAGAUUCGCUUAUUAAUCCUUUUUGCUAUUUAUUCCCAUAACUCAUAAUACCAGACACGUGACCUUUUGAAGCUAUGACAAGGACAAUGACCUCCCGUGUUAGAACCUGGUCUCAUAACUAACCACUUAAAGAAGUUUCCUAACUUCAUUGUCAUUGCAUUGACUAAUAAGUCAUAUGAAGUCAUCUGUAAUUCAGGCUCACCAAACAGAUCACUGGUGGUUUUAUUAUACUGAAUACUGUAUAAAGAAGAAUAGAAAAGGGAGAGAAUGAAAAAAAAAUCCUGAGUUGAAACUCUUUCUACAGUUGCCUCAAAGGUACCAGGUGCCUGAGGUAACACCCUUUCAGUACACCAUCUUUUAGGUAGAUUCCUUGUGAAAUACUGGUGUUCCAGAGAAACAUUACCAUAGUCUGCUGCAAGAGCAGAGUAAUUCAUGCACCCCAAGCGGAAAGUAGCCAAAUGAGAAAUGAGGCCAGAGUAUCACCAUAAACAUUGAGUUUCCUGCAGUUUAUUGGUUUGUGCCACUACAACCUUAAGGUUAUGAAUCACAGGGAGAUUUGUUUGUAUAAAAUUAGUUUUCCAUUUUGUAAGCUUUCUCAGACUGUUAUAAAAAUGUACAUUAUGAAUACAGGAAACCAGACCAGCUCCUUCAGAGCUGCUAGCCUCAUGAUCUUGGGUAAAUAUGCAAUUAGCCAUGAGAAGUAUAUUAUUCAGUCAGGAUCUAGAAAAUCUCUCAGCCGAGAAAGAACUUUUAAGUCAGAAUAAUAAUCUCCUGAAAAAAUUAGCUUUAUAAUGACAUUACUGACAGAACCUUAAUUCUAGGUGUAGAAUAUACCUACAUUGCUAGAUAUACCAAAGUGCCUACCAUAGAUGUAUCCUGUUGUCUAUCAAAAUUAUGAAUUAACUAAUUUUAGUUUGAUGUCAGUCUGUUUUGUUUUCACAUGGCAUAUCUGUUACACAUGUGUGCAUGCACACAUACACACACACCUGCAGACCUGUUUACAGUAGUAGCCUUUUAUAGUGAAGUUGUUUUAUUUUAUAGAAUGGGAAGUUUUGCCUGUGUAUAGACUGCAAGAUUGGACUGUGGAGACAGGGGCUCGUUACGCCCAUAAGAAUGUAUGGUAUUUCCCAGUUGUUGGGGGUCACUAAGAAAGGCUUCAGUCUGUAUCGGGGUUAUGUAUAAAUAUGUAUACACACUCAUCUAUACACAUACAAUGGACUAUAUUCUGAUAUAUAACUUUCCUUGUGGAAUAGUUAUCUGUUUAAACUUUAAUGGAAAGAGGGACAGAGAGAAUUGCUGUAGAUGUAAAUGAAGGCAUAGGAAGGAAAAUGUGAUGUAAAUAAGUGAAAUAUAAAUCAGUGACAUGUGUCUUUUGCUUGAGUUCAGCCCCCUGCAAGGAAAGAUUUUUGGAGUAUAUCUAGGUGACAACAAUGGAUAACUCCAUGACCAGUGACACCAAUGGGUUCAUUCCUUAGCUAAAAUUAAUCUCCUAGCCUUGUUCUCUGCUGUAAGUCUAAGUGUUCAAAGACAAAAAAGCUGCACAUUUUGCCUUCUGUAUUCCAUAAGGGGAAAAUGCUGUGUUUAUGUAAAAGAUGGGAUGGUAGCAUAAAUGCACUGAGUUGAUUAUAGAAUUUGCAAGUCAGACUUUGAGAGUGGCUCAGCAUCCCUAAUUGGACAUGAUUCUCAAGAGAACCUGGCUUCCAUGUGGGUGUCUAACCUGAAGAGGGCAUGUCUUCAACAUAGUUGAGCACAUAAGGCUCCUAUUGCCAGUAGUCCUACUGGGCACUGAGCUCUUCUGAAAAUGUUACUUUGGAUGAAUACAGGGUCAGAUUAAGAACCGGUACUCCACCCACAGUAACAGAAACAAAUCUUGCAGUGUGAUAGUUAGAGUAAAACAUGGCUCCUUCUUAAUGCUGAAGUGGGAGAGAAGGACAUGAAGAUGCAUCAGUUUUCCCUUUGGGCCCAAAAACCUGUCUGAUUAGCAAGUCCAGGUUUGCAUGUCAGCUAAUUAGCUUCUGUGUGGUUUGUUUCUUUAUCCUGUGCCUUAUUUCAUGAACAUGUAAAGGUGUUUAAACCAUUGUUUAAGAAACAAAAUCAAGCCUUGCUAGUUGUAUUUACUGACAUUGGAACAGUUUUGAGAAGUGCUAUGCUUUGCUGACAGGAAAACCCACACUCAGUUUGUGUAGUUUAUGCUUAGAUCAUCUUGUGUCCCUUGGAUUUGUGUUAAGGGGAUUAAUCUUUUGUUUUGAAUCCUUCAUCAGAGCUGCAGCAACUGGUGAGUUGAAAUGAGAACAAAGGGUAAUCAGUUUUGUUGCAUAUUGCUUUUUUUGCUCAUGUAAUUCUACGUUAUGAUGCAUGUAUUUAUUCAAUAAACAAUUCAUCUGGAAGUC